CGUCAUUUGUUGUUUCCUGCGAAGGCGUGGCUUGAUUAUGGGAUGUUAGAGGUGAAAUGGCGCUCGGCGCGGUAUUUUAAACAAUCGUCUUCGUCUGAGAGCGGAUGAUCGACGCGAUGCAGCGCCGAGCUGGACUUACGAGUGCGUGAUCGAGAGAAACCCGCGAGGAUUUCAGAAGAGCGCCUGGACACUGAUCUCGAGCGAGCGGAAGAGGUGCUUUGAGCUCGGUGUGUUUUCAGUAACUCCGUACACGAUGGAUGUGGUUUCACCUGAGCUCAACAGCCUCCUCCCUGAUGAGAUUAUGGAUACGGAAGCCAUCGCGAUGGAAGAGGAGCUCCCCGCCGAGCACCUCGCCGCUCCUCCCCAAUCUGAACCAGAGCCGCCGCAGGUUCCUAUGGAGACCGAGCUGCCUGAAAUCGUCAGCUUGUGUCCAGCCACCACGUCUAUGCAGAUGACCUCCACCGACGCUCAGUGCAGCACCAGCUCAGGAACUCAGCUCCUCCUCGCCCCCUCAAGCCUCAUAUCCGGCACCACCACCUCUGCCAAAACCACCAGUCCUGCGGUGACUCAGAACCUCCCCAAAAUCUCCAGCGUUACUGUCCCGGCCAACCACCAGCUCAUCAUCAACAAAGUGUCCGGCGCCUCCGCUGCGGAUGGCAAGUCUCCAGGCACUGCUGUGCUCAAGCCAGAAGGCCAGAAACUCUUGGUUGCCGGCCUCAGUAAAACAGGGCAGCCCAUUAUGUUGGCUCUGCCCCACACUUGGAACAAGCCCGCCACUACCCAGGGCACAGGGGACGCCAAGGCCCAGCCGACGCAGAUCAAAAUGUUGACGACAGUAGGGAAGCCUGUGAUAGCGGUGAGCUCAGCCAGUCAGCUGAUGGGCAGCUCCAGCACACUGCAGGCCCAGCAGCUCAAGACACUUCAGAUCACAAAGAAGCCCCCAGUAUCUACAGCUGGACCGAUGAUUACAAAGCUCAUCAUCACAAAAGCCCUGAACAAUAAAGGACUGUCCAGCCCAGCUUCUGUGGCUCCUGUAGUGACCGGGCGAGUUGUUACCCAGAGUACUCCAGUGACACCUCCACGCACCAUCACCAUCGGUGAGACCAGCACUGUGCCACAGAAUGCGUCUGGUAACAGCAAAGUCGCCAUCUCACCUCUCAAGUCUCCCAGCAAGCUGACUGUGGUUUCGGUGGCCAGUCAGUCUCCAAACUCGCCUCAGAAGUCUGUGACGCUGCCGCUCAACGUGGCUCUGGGCCAGCAGAUCCUCACUGUCCAACAGUCUGCCGCCACCUCUCCAGCUAAAGCAGGAACCAGCCAGUCCACCGCACAGACUGUAAAGUCAGUGCAGACAGUGGGAGGAGUGGGAACAUCCCAGUUUAAGACCAUCAUCCCCUUCUCCACACCUCCUAAUGUGCAGCAGAUCCAGGUGCCGGGUAGCCGCUUCCAUUAUGUGCGUCUGGUAACGGCCACCACCGGCAGCAGCACCGCACAGUCGAGCGGCAGCACCAACACCAACCCUUCAAUCCAACCAGCCAAGCCUGUGAUGAUGAACGCUGCAGUACGGAUGUCUGUACCCAUCGUCUCAGCACAGAGCAUCAAACAGGUAGUACCCAAACCCUUGACGUCAGCAGCCCAGGUGGUGACCACCAGUCAGACGCCCCAGCGUCUCAUCAUGCCAGCCACACAUCUGCCACAGAUCCAGCCCAACCUCACCAACCUGCCGCCGGGCACUGUGCUCACCCCCGCCCAUGGCUCUGGAAACAUGGGCUACGCUGUGUUACCGGCCCCAUACGUCACGCAGGUCUGUAUAUCAGUGAUGGAGCAGGACAUAUGCCGAUAUAUCUGCAGCAGUCUCAUAUCGGCUGAUAAAAUCAGCAAAACUAUAUAUCGGUCAGGCCCUAAAAUUAACCAUCAGGUAACAUUCUGUCUGUUUUAUUAUAGUUUAUCAACGUCUGAAGCAACUUCGAGGCCGAGAAAACCCUGCAACUGCACACGGUCACAGUGUCUGAAAUUGUAUUGCGAUUGCUUUGCCAACGGGGAGUUCUGUAAUAACUGCAACUGUGUUAAUUGCUUCAACAACCUUGAUCACGAGAGUGAAAGACUGAAAGCCAUCAAGUCAUGUUUAGACAGAAACCCUGUGGCUUUUAAGCCCAAGAUUGGCAAAGGCAAAGAAGGAGAGUCAGACAGGAGACACAGCAAAGGCUGCAACUGUAAGAAGUCUGGCUGUCUGAAAAACUACUGCGAGUGUUAUGAGGCAAAGAUCAUGUGUUCGUCCAUCUGCAAAUGCAUGGGCUGCAAGAACUUUGAGGAGAGUCCGGAGAGGAAGACGCUGAUGCACCUGGCAGACGCUGCAGAGGUGCGAGUCCAGCAACAAACCGCAGCCAAAACCAAACUGUCCUCACAGAUCUCAGAUCUGCUCACCAGAACCACACCGGCCAUCACCAGCGGAGGCGGAAAGUUGCCAUACACAUUCGUAACGAAGGAAGUGGCCGAGGCGACGUGUGACUGUCUGCUGGAGCAGGCCGAGCAGGCCGAACUCACCGACCAGCCUCAGGCCGUGGCAGAGCGCCUCAUUCUGGAGGAGUUUGGUCGCUGCCUCAGGAGGAUCAUCAGUUUUGCUGGCAAAGUCAAGACAGACUGUCCUAUCAACUGCUAGAGCUGUGACUCAGACCCGGGGUGUUGCUGAACCUAGACUCGAGCUCCACCGAGGGCACUUUUACCGGCCCUUAUAUGGAUUCAUGGGCCUUCUAAUAAAAAGACACAAACCAGAACUUCCCAUUGGCCUGUGAGAUGUGUUGUGGAGGACACACUAUAUUCAGUAGGAGGACUACAGUACUUCAUUGUAGCCCCUGUGAUGGGCUUAACACUGUUUGCUUUACCGGAAGGGGUUUAUUUUAGAACGAUCGAUACUAUUUUAAGGUAGUUUUUGUUUUGUUUGCCAAUGUUUUCCACUUUUAAAUCUGCAUAAUCAUGAUAUGUGUUUGUCUUUUAAAACUGGAUUUUCAUAUCAUCAUCAUUCACUGUCGUCUGAAAGCCCUUACUAAUGACCUCGGGAUAGUCGGGAUGAGGAAGGAACUUCCCUGCACAUGUUAUAAUUAGCUGUCUGAUCAUGACUUGUAUACAGUAAGUAGCCUGUACUGUAGCUUCAUUAUAUAUAAUUGCUCGCAGCAGAUUUUGUUCAUUGAGCAGAAUCGGGUUCAGACUUCAUGUUCAAGCACGCAAGCGUUCAGCCUGGAUGGGACAAGGGCCACACCAGAUUGAUACAGGUUUCCUGUACUCCAGAAAUCUAAGAUUAGAUUUUAAUC